AUGGUUCGCAAGAAGCAGCUUGAUCACACGAAAAAGCGGUCCCGCUGGAAGACGGACGCCGAGGAGUGUUCCAACUGGGACUCUGGCGCCAGUCAGACAUUGGACGCGCUGCAGGCUACGGUCUUCGGGGCCACCUCCGAUCGCUGCAAGACUGCGCACCUCAAGGAAUUGUACAAACGGUCUCAAUUGCUGGCUGCUGCGUUCUGUGGACACGGAGAAGCAGUCGACGUUUUACUUAAGGCGGGUCACGAUCCGAAUGUAACGGCUAGGGAUGGCAGCACCCCUCUAAUGCUGGCCAUUAAUCAAGGCCACCGAGACAUUGCUUCCAAGCUGAUUGAACAAGGAGCCGACUCGUGCCUCGUGAACCAGGAUGGCACGAGUGCCAUGCACAUGAUGGUACGGAAGAUGGACGCCGUCAUGUUCAAUGAUUUGUGGAGCAGUCUUGAGAAAUCUGGCCGAAUCAACAUCUCGGCAGUCGACAAGAAUGGUAAAAACAUGCUCCACGCUGCAGCGGAACUCGGCUGGGACUUCUGUGUUGCGUUUCUCCUGUCUCGUUCUUCGCUAAACGUCGAGCAAACCAGCAAGGAAGGCAGAACCCCUUUGAUGUGUGCUGCCGCUGAGGGCCAGACCGCAGUGGUGGAGCGCUUGCUCCAGGCAGGCGUACGCCUUCUAACUGAAGAUCAGUCAGCAUCGACUGCGGCAUGCUUGGCAAUCUCUAGGCGCCACGGGACGGCCGCUAAUCUUUUAUUAAAUAAAAUGGGCACCCUGGAAAAAAACCACUACGUCGAGAGGAGGGUAUCUCUAUUGGCUCCGCCGAGCACGCCAACGCGCGAUCAGCGCUCUUUCUUCCGAGACACCUUGUUCAGGGUUUUUCUCUCCAUCCGACGCCAAAUGGAAGGCGGCACAGAGCUCCUGCUGUGUCACAACGUCUUCGAGGCCCUGAUCGCCUGCGGUCGGCGCCACGCGUGUGAUCCGUCCAUUACGAGCCCCCUUUUCCACCUGUGCGCCUGUCUACUGCACGACAAGGCGGAUUACAGCAAGUACGUCCACUACGACAUGGCGAAGGCGUUCAUCGAAGCCGGCGGAUUAGAUCUGACACACGAGGUUUCCUAUAAAGUCGGCGAUCCGUGCGAUGUUCUGUGCCGAUGCUCGGUGCUGCUCCCAGUAUUGCCUGCGGCCGAGUUGGAAGAUGGACUGCAAUGGGUCCGCAGUCACUUGGAAGACCUGCUUCCUACAUUUCGCGAGUUCGCUUACAAGAAGGACAUAAUCACGUAUUGGGCAGACGGCGAGCAGGUGAAGACAUCCGUCAUGUGGGAGAGGUUCAAGGAGAACUUCUCCCGAAUUUAUUUGGAGGCCAAAGGCUCGCCGCCAGACUGCGUACACGAACCUGCGCAUGGCCAGGAUUUCGACACGAACACGGCAUUCUCGCUUCACUCCGUCGCGCAGACCACCCUAAGCAGGGGCAAGGGCCCAGCGCUCCUUCCUAAAAAGUCGGGCCAGAAGGCACAGAACAAAAAGAUUGCACGUCCCCGUGCUAUUCAGACAAUGAUUCAGGUUACGUUCACGGAGGAGUCUCGGUUUCCCAAGAAAGCAAGAGGAACAUUAACCUAUCCACAAAAACCGAUCGAUGUCAGGGCAGGCUCAACAGAGCCGGCGAAUGUAUUUGAAGCGAUGUCGAUGGCGCCCAAAGUGACUCCAACCGUCCUUCCUCUCCAAGGAUAUGCAAAUGCUGUUAAGAGCAACAUUCCUAACGAAGUGACUUCCCUUCAUUCUCCGGAGGUAACGGGAGACUGUGACCAGCCGAAGUACAAGUUCACCGACCUGAAAACUCCGUAUCCCUGGAAGGAGACUGACAUCAGUCUCCUGGGCUGUCAGAAGUUUGCUGGCUGUUCCUCGCAACCCACUUUGCCGCAUGCUUUCAGCGGUGGCUUUGCAAUUCGACAUACGAAGAGCGAUCCUGAGUUGAGCUCCACAGGCCCGAACUCAUCUUUUCCGGCAACCAUCGAGCUUUUCAAGGAGCUUCCACCCUUGAAAACAAAUGAUGUCGCUGCCUCAAGGAGCGCCGUCGAACAAAGGGCCCAAGAAUGUUUAUCCUCUUACGACCAAUGUAAGCGGAAGCUUCCCUGCCAGCGACUGCACGCAUUGCAAGAACACCUCUUCGGCGAAAUCAUACGGUCUCUACAAAUGACAAAGGCGGAAGACCGAGACGCUAUGACCACCGUAAUGACACUCAUGGAGUCGAUGAUGAAUUCCAUAAAUACGUUGACGCCCAGACACUCUAAAGGCAAAAGCGACUUUCGUCUGCAUGAGCUCUUGUUGCGCACUGACGAUGAAAAAGACUUCGCAGUUGUCAGCGAUCAACAAGAGGGGAGGAAAAGGCCGUUAAUCGAAACUAACAUGGACUGCUAUUUGGCUGGAGAAUGGUUUGAGGGCCUGGCCUCGACCGCUGAGAGGACUGUGGUUCAAGAAGACCCGACUAGUUUGUCAAGCGUCUGGGUGUCUGAGAAUCUGCGUUGGGAAAGCACUUUUCGGGAGCUCGCCCACGCUCCCCUGUGCAGUCUUACCCUCACCAAUGGCGUCUUCUACAACGAGGAAAAGAAACAUAUCCCUACAAUGUCUCGAGACGAUGGCACAACCUCGGUGUACCUGGGCAUCGCCGAAAACGGCCGGGAAGUAAUCCUGAAAAAAAUACAGCUCCAGUCGCCGAUCUCGGAAGUUAUGCUUGAACGCCUGCGUAGUUUCAAGCACUGUGACCUUGCCCACAGAAACAUCAACGGCCUACAGGUACUCUGGGAGAAUUCCGGAAAGGUGCUGAAUAUGAUCUGGCAGCCGCAAGAGCGAAAUCUGGAAGAGCACAUCGCUAUGCUCCGGGAACUAAAGUGUUCGCUGGUCCAGUGGGCCAGAAUUGCAAUGCCUCAGCUGCUGGACGCACUCUCCUUUCUGCAUUCGAGGACACAUCCCGUGCUGCACGGUCGGCUCAAGCCUUCAAACAUCCUGGUUUCAUCGAAGGGAAUCCUUUUCCUGUCUGAUCUGAUGCCGCAGGGAGUCCUAACAAACGUCCCACUUGGUUUUAUCCAAACUCCAGUGGAAGGCAGAGGCAAAAACACAGUCAGUGACGUCAGUUGGCGGCCACGAGAACUUAUCAAGGCAGUGGCUAGUGAGCUGGCAGCGAAGGUGAUGUCUACUGCCUCUGACAUGCAGGUUGCCGGUAUGCUGAUCUACUACAUGGUGACUGGGAACCACCUGUUUGGCAAGAAUGACCUCGAAUGCCAGACGAACAUUCUGCGCGGCCGACCCAUCUUGAAUCCCGUCAACGCGGAGCUUGACGAUCUCGUGCACCACCUGGUCACUCUGGAGCCCGAGUAUCGAUUAUCCGCCAGCGAAGCUAUCAGGCACCCCGUAUUCUGGGGACCUAAGAAGCGCAUGUUUUUCUUGUCGACUGUCGCGCUCGAGAUGGAGCGUCAACACCUGAAAUGGCCGCCCGAUGACGUCUUGAGGCAGUUUGAGGUGUCUUGCAGUGCCUUCGUCACCUGGAAGAAUCGCUUGCCGCCGUGUGUGGUGACAGACAAGUUCGCCACCGAGGACUCGAGCACGGCCAUCGUGAGCCUCCUGCGCUUCAUCAAAUGCUGCGCAUUGCACUACGACAGCUUGUCGACGGAGGCGCAGUCCUACAUCCGGCAACCGGAGAAGUUGUUCGAGGACGCGUUUCCUGGCCUCCUGAUGGCGGUGCAUGGCGUCGUGCGAAGAACCCACUGGCGCUACUGUCGUGGCAUCGAGGCUUUUUUCUGAAGACUCCCUUUGGGGUG